GGCCCAGGCGAGGCGAUGCGCGUCGCGGACCACGGAACCAAGCAGACCGACCGAGUCAAUCAAUCCGGCGAGUUGUGCGUGUGCGGCGCGGGGUGUGUGUGUGCGCGCGUGAGGCAUGGCGACCACGCGCGACCGUGGCGCCGGCGGCGGAUCGGCGUCGAGGGUCGGCGACGGGGACGUCGACCUGGGCGAGGGCUGGGACUGGGGCGCCAUCCCGCGGCUCCUCUCCUCCGCCUGCCUCUUCCUCUGCUCCGGAGCAGAGGCUGUUUUGGUUGCUGCGAUAAGACUGUAAAACAACUGGGUGAACUGUCCAGAAACCUAAUCACCCAUGACCAAAUAACCAUUGGAGAGCCAUAUUGGAGCACAACCACCAUCGAGGUUGAACCAGCAGAUCUCAGGGGUGUUUCUCCAAUGAGUACAUCUAACUGGGCCUUUGAUCAGCAUGGAACUGGUAGCAGUCAUAACCUUCCUGGACUUGGUAAUAAUGGACUCAUCCUGUGGGAACAGACUAGGCAGGAGUGGACUGAAAUUAGAAGUCUACGGCCGAAGGUGAAGCAGGUUCGCGAACCAGUAUUGAGUUGGAAUGCAGCAUAUGAGAGUCUGCUUGGAUCAAAUAAGCCAUUUCCUCAACCCAUUCCUCUUCAUGAGAUGGUCGAUUUCCUUGUGGACAUCUGGGAGCAGGAGGGGCUGUAUGACUAGCGCAAAUGAUUUCAUGGGAUAACAUAUCUGGGAUAACACAUAGUUGUUCCUCAAGAGAGGGGAAAAAAGAAUGACAUAGGGUGUGUAGGCUUGAGAUGAGGUGGCCUGUCAUACUUGUUUUUGUCAAUGGAGGCCUGUUGUACUUGCAGAAUACCGAGCUUGUAAUGCUAGAGAAGUCCUGAUACUGAUAGUGGCUUUGUUGAAUUUGUCAAAGAAAGUUGUGAGAGGUUGAGUUGUGACAAAAAGUGCGAUUUGUAUUUGAUUAAGAAGGCUUUAACAGUUAACACGAUGGCAGUUGCGUGUUGGUUCGAGAUGGUUGGAUUAUUCUAAGGAGCGAGGAGUCAUGUAAGUGUCCAGUUCGUGGUGAAUGCAACCUUUGACUGAUCCAGUUCCGGACUGUUAAAAUUCGUUCGUUCUGUAAUGUGAAGUGGCUGUGACUUGUCAUUUU